UCCAAAGCGAUCCAGAGGACAAAAAGGGUUUGGUUCGUUCUCGACCCCUGUUUUCUUCCCGUUUCUCGCCGAGCGCUCUCUCGCCCACUCCUUCCUCACUUCCUCCCCUUCGAUUCAAGCUCGCCUUCGCUAUCCCCUCCACCCAAUAAUUUCAUGGGGAUCUCUGGAAUUUGGUGGAAGCGGAACUAAUUGGCGGAGGGCGGGCUCGUCAUUCAUUUGGAAUUUAGGUUUGUGUGCUAUGUGAUUUGGUGGGGAAAGAAGUGUGGAGGAAAUGGGGGAAGAAAAAUAGGGUUUUUAGGGUUUGCCAUUUGGGACUACUACGGGGGAGUAUCUUGAGCUAAUCCUGAUUAUUUGGGGCUCCGAGGGUUACGAUCUUGAUAGUGAAUUUAUUCUCUACUGGAUCUAGAAACCAGCUUGGGCAACCAUGAGUGACGAUGGAGAAAGGACGUGCCCACUGUGUGCUGAGGAGAUGGACCUGACAGACCAGCAGCUGAAGCCAUGCAGGUGCGGAUACGAGAUUUGUGUUUGGUGUUGGCAUCAUAUUAUGGACAUGGCUGAGAAGGAAGAAACAGAUGGGCGAUGUCCAGCAUGCAGGACACCAUAUGACAAGGAAAGAAUUGUUGGAAUGGCUGCCAAUUGUGAAAGGGUGGUGGCUGAGAUUAAUGCUGAGAAGAAACAAAAAUCUCAAAAGGCAAAGAAUAAAGCAUCAACAGAAGCUAGGAAGCAUCUUAGCAGUGUUAGAGUGAUACAACGGAACCUUGUGUAUAUAAUUGGACUACCUUCUAAUUUAUGUGAUGAAAGUAUGCUCGAGCGCAGGGAAUACUUUGGCCAGUAUGGGAAAGUUUUAAAAGUAUCAAUUUCUCGCCCAGCCGGUGCCGUGGCCCAGCAAGCAUCAAAUAACAGCACAUUUAGUGUGUACAUAACAUAUGCUAGGGAAGAGGAAGCAGUUCGUUGUAUUCAAGCUGUGCACAAUUUUGUUUUGGAAGGUAAAUCUUUAAGAGCUUGCUUUGGUACUACAAAGUAUUGCCAUGCUUGGUUGAGAAAUAUGACUUGCAGUAAUCCAGAUUGUCUAUAUUUGCAUGACAUCGGUAGCCAAGAGGAUAGUUUCACUAAAGAUGAGAUAAUUUCUGCUUAUACAAGGAGUAGGGUACCACAGAUUGCUUCAAAUAAUUCACGACGCUCGGGGAAUGUGUUGCCUCCUCCAGCAGAUGAUUUCUCUAGCAGUGGGAUGGUUACAAGCAAACACACGGUCAAGAGUGUCUCAAAUGUAUAUGCUCAUAAUACUCCAAGCCAUGCGAAAGGUUCUCCUCCUAAUAGUAGUGGAAAGCCUACUGUUUUACCAGCUGCUGCUUCAUGGGGACUUCGCAGUUCAAAUUGCCGGACUCUGGCCAUAAGUGUAGCAUGCUCACAAACCCCUGUUAAACAGAAAGUAGAAACACUACAUAGCACAUCCUUGCUUCCUUCAAUGACUGAAAGCACAAAACAGUCUUCAGUAUGGCAUGAUGAUGUAGUUAGAACAUCAAAGAUGCCAGAAAGAAGGCAUGUAAUGCCCACGAAUGGCACAUCUAGACCCUUAGAACCAUCAAAACCUGGUUCAGGGAAGGACUGCCUAACAGUGAUGUCAUCAGAGUCUCUUAGAGAUGCAGAUUCUGCUUCUGUACCUUCUGCAUGGAACGAUGAUGUGAUUACAUCUAAGAUAUCAGAGCCUUUAAAAUCGGUUAAUGACAAGGAGUGCUGGACAUCUAGAUCAGACCUGUCACCUGAUGAUGCAUUGGAUGUAGCUCCUACUUCACAAAAUCCUAUCAGUUGCUUAUCUAGACUUCUAUCCCCUGCAGCUGAAGACAAGGGGAGAGGCGUCAUUUUUGCUGGGAGCAGCACAAAAUCAAUGAACAACCUGUCCAAAGGUGCCGAUAGGCUAUCUUCUAGUACUGAUAAAGCUGCUAAAGGUAGUAUGAUUGUGAAUGGAAAUGUAGAGAGUUUAUGCUUGGGUUUGUCUUCAACGAGUAUUGAGAACCAUCUUGGGCUUGGUGAGUCAAGCAUGGACCAACAUCAGACUUCAAAAUCUAAUUUGUCUUCAAGACCUCAACAAUGUCAACCUGAACAUGGGGUUGAACAUUUAUCUUCAGAGCCACUGAGUAGAGCCUCCUCAGUACCUGAUGCACAUAUUUCAAAUGAAUUACUUGAUUGGGAUCUGGAGCCGCAGGAGCAAGGCUUUAUGUCUACAGGAAUUGAGAGGGAAGAUGAUGCCAAAAAUCAGCCAUCAUGUUCACCUUAUCUAAAUCAUCGUCACAUUAGUGCAAAUCAAUCUAGUUAUAGUUCUUGGAAUAAUGGUGUUGGAAUCAAGCACCAAUUGUAUACUGGUGAUAGUAGAACUGUGGAGACCAAGGUAGACUUGACCUCGCUUCUAUCAAGAGAAAAUGAAUCUGCAUUAUGCAAUGGACACAAAGAGGAUGACCAAAGCAGUUUUUCUAACCGUGGGAAGGUUUUUGAGAGUCCCAGGAUGAACUGCUCUGAAGAAAUGGGAAAAACUGAUGAGGUAGCUAAUUCUGACAAAAUAGCUAGUGUCGAUAUGGGAGAGAGCACCAUCAUUUCAGGUAUAUUGUCGCUAGAUUUUGAUCCAUGGGAUGACUCAUCCUCGGCAAACAAUUUUGCUAAGCUGCUUGGUGAAACUGAAAGGCAAGAUGGUUUGUUUAAAUUAUCGAGUUCAUGGAGAUCACAGAAUAGCAAUCAAUCCAGGUUCUCAUUUGCAAGGCAAGAAAGUGAAGCAAGCGGUCUAGAGGCUUCUCUUGGAGACACUGUUAAUGAACAGAAAUUAGGUUCAUCUUUGCAGGAUUCUUUUGGAGAUGGUUUCCAGAGUGGGCUCCAAUUCAGUAAUUUUGAGGGUUCCAAUGCUGUCUCUAGCAAUCUAGUUAUUACCUCUGACAGAGUUGUUGGUGUUUCAAGGGCUAAAAUAUCAGCUCCACCUGGAUUUUUGGCACCAAGUAGAGCUCCCCCUCCAGGCUUUUCUUCCCAGGAUAGAUUCAACCAGGCUUAUGAUACAACAUACUCUGAUAAUCAUCUUGUGGGUAGUCCUUCACUUGGAAAUCAGCAUGAAGCACAUCUACCUGGAAAUCCAGAUGAUGUGGAAUUCAUUGAUCCAGCAAUACUUGCUGUGGGCAAAGGGCGAAUGCCACUUGGAGUUCACAAUUCAGGGUUGAGUUCAAAAUCUUCUUUUCCUUCACAGUUUAGCACUUCAAGUAGUGAUCCAAGGCUUCAGCUAUUGAUGCAGCAAUCCAUCUCUUCUUAUCAUAUUGGGGAUAGAUUUUUACCUUUAAAUGAUCCUUAUAUUACGUCUCGGCUUUCAUCGCAAAACCAUGGAAGUCUAUUUCCAUUUACGCAGAUGUCACACCAGCAGCCCAGAAGCGCACACAUUUCAAAUGGCCAAUGGGGUGGUAGGAAUGAUGUAAGAAAUGGUUGGGAAAUGGGCAUGCCUGAUAUCUUGAGGAAUGAGAGGUUUGGGCUUAAUUUCUAUUCUGGCAACGAGGAACGUAAGUUUCAAAUAGCGAGCUCAGCUGAUCUGUAUAACAGAGCAUUUGGAUUGUAAUGCUGGUCUGAUGCUGCACAACUUUCACCCUUCUUUUAUGUAUCCAAGUGCAUAUCUACCUGUGGGGAAUAGUUGGCUCAGAGGAGCAGUUUACUUUGCCUACUUGUUGAUUGGCAUUUGUCAUUGAAACCUUGGACUCCAUCAAAGAGUACUUGAAAUUAUAGGACUCUUUGUAUCAAACAGAUCGUGUUUGCCAGAGGCAAUGUGGUAGGGUGUUGGUUCCAUUAUGUGCUCGAAUUUUUCAUUCUUAUUGGGGGCUGGCUCUGAAGAAAUGCUUGCAUCAUAGAUGCCAUUUUUUUCCUUGUGAACGCUGGAUUGACAUUCAACCUGAACAAAUGAGACAUGUAACAUCAAAGUGUAAAUAUUGUGUAUCUUUACUUUGAUAAGCAGUAAUCAUAGAGUAUUUUGAUAUUUUUAAUGAGAAUGAUCUAUAUCUCGCUGCUUUGUGUGC